AUGGCUGCUGCACCGAAGAAGCCCGUGAACGUUCCUUUCGGAAGGAAGUACACUCCCACAUGGGCUUUCGACCACAUCAAGUACUACAAUGGCGGCAACGACAUUCAGCUGGUCUUGGAUAAAUACAUCGGUAAUCUCUCAACCCAUCCCCUGUUUUUUUUUUUUUCUAAUUUCAUAUUUGGGUUCCUCGUGUUUUCUGAAAAGAAACGGUCUUUUGUUGUUGGUUUUUGGCCGGGACGGGUUUCCAGUCGAAAGGGUCGUACUUGUUCGGCCACUUCAGUAUGCAGAUCAAGAUGGUUCCCGGAGAUUCCGCCGGAACUGUUACUGCUUUCUACGUAA